AUGUCUUCUGCCGUAGCAGAGCUCGAUGGCUACCUUCAGUCGAUGCUUAGUUUAAAACCCCCAGGCGUGUCAGGUUCCAAGAUUGGCAGUAUCACCCAACUCUGCACUGCCAACAUUCAGUCCGAAUCCGUCCUCGUCCAAAAGAUUUUUACGCACUUCAAGCGAACGCCGGGAACACACAAAUUGGGCGUCCUAUAUGUCGUAGACUCUGUAACUCGACAAUGGGUAGACGCAGCUCGAAAGGCUGGACAACCCCCUGGCAGUGCAGCUCCUGACGGCACUUUUGCUGCUGGAGUCAACCGAGUAACCGAACUCUUGCCAGUGCUUAUGACAGAUAUUCUAAACAACGCUCCUGAAGAUCAAAAGGAGAAAAUCAAGAAGCUGGUUGAUAUCUGGGAGCGUGGACAGACGUUUCCGUUGUCGAUGCUGGCCAAUUUCAAGCAAAAAUUGAACGCCCCCCUGUCUAAGAAUGUUGAAUCUACCACUCCCGAAGGCUCACCAGCGCCCGGGUUUAACCCAUUGGCAGGUCUACAGAAUGCCUCUGGUCCUAGUGCGGCUGCUGGAGCAUCUGCCCAGCCCGCUCCUGAUACACAUACCAUAUUAAAGGCGCUAGCCGAUAUGGCCAAGCAGAAUACAGCAGCUCCGUCAACUCCGGGGGUUCCUGCACAAUCCAAUCCUUUGAAUGUAUUGAAUGCUCCUAGUCUUCCUGUGACCUCGUCGGUAGACCAAGCAGCAAACGGACAGAACGUAAAUCCGUAUGGGGCUGCUGCCUUUGCCGGGCUAGGUAAUCUUAACGCGAACCCGAUGGCACCGGCACCAAAUACAUUGGCUGCCUCUCAGCCAAAUCCCCUGGCUGCGAUACUUCCACAAGCCGCCGCAGCUGGAGCGCCACCAACACCUGAUGUCUUCCAGCAGGUUCAGUUGCUGCAACUACUGGCGUCGCAAGGUAUCCCCCAGGACCAAUGGGGAACUGCUCUUCAAAUCCUCAGUCUAUCCAACGGCGCAAACCCUGGAAUGGCCCCAAUUAACCCGGCCCAGGCCGCAGGCUUCAACCUUCCAGAUGCAGGUCAGGGCUGGGGUAACGUAGGCUCCCGAGAUCAUGAUAGAGAUCUCAACCGCGAUAGAGAUUAUAUGCGGUCACCGCCAGGUCAAUAUCGCCGGCGCUCGCGGUCUCCUGGCUGGGACCGUCGUCGUGAGGCCUCGCCCCCACGCCGUCGCGAAAGCCCUGUGUAUGGCGAAUAUCACGGAGACUCUCCUGGCCGUCGCGGUGGCGAUCGGGGACGACGUGGUAACGACUAUCGGCAACGCAGUCCUCCUGGUCGGAGACGGCGUUCCCCAUCACCUCCUCGCAAGGAUCCCGCGCUGCCCCCUCCCGGGCCAAAGAUGAUUGAGUGGGAUUAUUCCAUGGGUCAGGGCACAAUCAAGGUCCUGAGCCGGACGCUUUUUGUCGGUGGUGUCACAUCUUCGGAAGCCCAACUGCGGGCUUUGUUCAACCAGUUUGGCCUGGUCCAGACCUGCAUCGUUAAUGUUGACAAGCGCCAUGCGUUCAUCAAAAUGAUCAAUCGCAUGGAUGCGAUGAAGGCUAGAGAUGGUAUGGAGACUUACAAGUCAGGCGACAUGCAACUCAGGACUCGUUGGGGUGUCGGUUUCGGACCCCGGGACUGCAGCGACUACCAAACCGGAGUCAGCGUUAUUCCCAUCGAGAGGCUCACUGAGGCCGAUCGCAAAUGGAUGCUCACUGCCGAGUAUGGUGGCACUGGCGGAAAGGCCAUUGAGAGUGGCAUGGUUGUAGAGGAGCCAGAUAUUGAGAUCGGUGCUGGUGUCUCAUCCAAAGCAAUCAGCAGACGAAUGGCAACCGAUUCCGGCGGCAAACGUGGUCCCCAGUCGUCACGCACUAAUCAGGGAGGCGACAGGUUCCGGCGGCCAGAUCGCGGUAUGGACAUGCCCAACGGCGGAGGCAUGUAUGGCGGAGGAGCUGACCAUGAAGCCCCCAACCUCAACAACCCUGCCGUGGCUCCGGCCGUUCCUGGGUUUGGCUUCCAGUUCCCUGGUAUGCCAAUGCUGCCUCCUGGAUUCAUGCUCGGCGGACAGCCUGGUUCUGCGCCUCAGCCACCUCCUCCUGGUCAGGGAUGA